UUGGUGGAUCUGAAGGCAGAGCUUUACCGGAAACAAGAGGAAUUCAAACAGGAUAAACUUCUGAAAGAAGCAGGGGCUCCAUUUAAAGCCAAAUCAGCGAACAAGAAGCCAAGUAUCUGGACCAAACAAAAUGCAGGUGUUUUAAAUCGAGCUGAGAAGGACGUAGAAGAAAGUAUUGAGGAACAGCAGACUCUCGAUAAAUCAAAGCAGAGGCUAGAGGAAAAAGCAAAACUUUAUGAACAAAUGACAAAAGGAGACUUACCAGGUAAUCUGUGGCUUCUAAGUUUUGUUCCAUUUCCAUUUAAAUCUGGAUAAGAAUAAAUAGAAAGGCGGCUUUGUUUCUGAGAUGUCUCAGUCGAAGGUUUGAAUCUCAUCUGGGAUUCUUUGAUUUUGACAGUAGGGGUUUGAAGGUUCUAAUCACCAGGGCCACCUCUCAUUUAAAUGAGUACAGAUUCACGGAAAACAUUUUAAUCUUAAAAAAAAACCCUCUGUGCUUAAUUUGUUUUAAUACAUGGUAUAAUGGUCUUUAAUGUCAGACCAUUGAUAGUCUGGUUGUCUGCCUCUGUUGACUGUAUUCUAACUGUGUUAACCUUUCUCAUAUGGUGGAGAUCUUUGAAUCAGUGCAUGCCUUUAUCGUCCAUCUGGACUAGGCAUGUUCUUUUCCUCUUCCUUGUUUUCACGUUGUACAGCUCCCUCGCUGCCAGCUCUGUGGGCUUCAGUUUGAUGACCUGUUCCCGCUGUCUCCGAGCGUCAUUCCAGGCUAGUAGAAGUAAACAAGGCUGUCUUCCUUAGGGAAAGGACUUUGUUCCAAUGAGUCAUAGAAUAUCUACAGUGCAGACAGAGGCUGUUUGGCCCAUCAAGUCUGCACUGAUCCUUCAAAGAGCAUCCUACACAAUCCCUGUAAUCCCACAUUUCCCAUGGCUAAUCCACCUGGGCACUGCGAGGCACUUUAGUACAGCCAAACCAUUAAGCCUGCACAUCUUGUGACUGUGGGAGGAAACCGGAGCACCUGGCAGAA